CGAAGGGAGUCCCGGCACAGGUCUCGUCCAUCCACUGCCACAAGAACCAAAGCGACGAAGUAGACGUGGACCUGAGCGCUCGCCGGCGGCUCAUCUGCGCCAGUAUUCUCUGCCUCACCUUCAUGCUCUUCGAGCUCAUCGGCGGCAUUUUGGCGAACAGUCUGGCGAUAGCGACGGACGCGGCGCACCUCUUAACAGACUUCGCCAGCUUCAUGAUAAGCCUGUUCUCCCUGUGGAUGGGUGCCAGGCCCGCCACGAAACGCCUCAGUUUCGGCUGGUACCGUGCAGAGGUGAUCGGCGCGCUCACAUCUGUGAUUAUGAUCUGGGCCGUCACCGGCGUGCUGGUCUACAUGGCGAUCCAGAGGAUGAUCAGCAAGGAGUACAACAUCGACGCCACCAUCAUGCUCAUCUCCGCCUCCGUCGGCGUCGUGGUCAACAUAAUCAUGGGCGUGGCGCUGCAGAUCCACCCGACGAGCCCCCUGGGCCACAGCCACGGGUCCGAGGAGCCGGCGCCGCGGAGCAGCAGGGAGAGCCGGGGCGUGAUGAACAUCAACGUGCGCGCCGCCUUCAUCCACGUGCUAGGCGACCUGAUCCAGAGCGUGGGCGUGCUGAUCGCGGCCAUCGUCAUCUACUUCUGCCCGAGCUGCGGCGUCGUCGACCCGGUGUGCACGCUCAUGUUCUCGGUCAUCGUCCUGGUCACCACGCUGACCAUACUGCGCGAGGCGCUCAACGUGCUCAUGGAGGGCAUCCCGCACAGCGUCGACUACCACCAGGUCAAAAGGCUCCUGCUCUCCGUCGACGGCGUGGCGCGCGUGCACGACCUGCACAUCUGGGCGCUGAGCCUCGACAAGCUCGCCGUGUCUGCGCACGUCGUGCUCGUUCCUGGUGCGGAUGCCAUGUCGGUGCGGCGCAAUGCCUCCAGGAUGAUUCGCCGCAACUUCGACGUCUUCAAGCUGACUCUGCAGAUGGAAGAGUUUGAAGAAGGCAUCCGCCAACACUGUCGACGCUGCAGCGAGCUUAGCUGAGGCGCAUCACCACCGUGGUUUGGAGCGUGUUGUCUGUUCUGUGCCGCCACCAUGCGAUGCUCAUUUGAGCUAUUAUAUGUUAC